AUGGACGCAAAGUGGAUUUUGCUGGCGUAUCCCGUGUGCAUCGUUGCGCAGUCGCUAACUGGUAUGUGCGCGCGUCAGCUGAAGACACAGAUGGUUAAUAAUAUCAAGAAUUACACGAUGAAGGUCACAAAGGCCAAGUGA